AUGUUCGAUCUUAGCUACUACUACCUACUCACAAUCAUAUACCGCGCAAAACCCCCCUCACAACAAGUACUAGCACCACGAACAACAACAACAACAACAAGCACCACCCGAGGACCCGCCAACCAGAGCCAAAACACUCCCCGCUUCGCCGCCACAGGCCUCGACCCAGCCUGCGUCAACGCCGCCCGCAACGCACUGCGCCUCCACCAGCAAUUCAUCAUCGACUUCCGCAACGACAGCGAGUUCCUGUGGAAGGGGUAUAUAAUCUGGUCCCUCCUGCACUGCCCCUUCACUCCCUACCUAGUCAUAUUUACGCACACGAUAGCCACGGCCGACUUAGCCGAUCUAAAAUUGCUGGAGGAAAUUUCUGCCUCACUGGAGAGCGCGAGACAUAUCUCUGAGGCGGCGGAGAGGCUUUUUAAGCUGUGUGCUGUGUUCUAUCAGGUUGCGCUGUUGUAUGUGGAUGUUAGAAUGAGGGAGUGGGCGCAAAGAGGCGGGGCUGGUGCUGGUGCUAAUGCUGUCGCUAAUUCCGGUGUUGGUAUCGGCGCUGUUGUCGGUGAGGUGGGGGGAAGUGGUCAUGGUAUGGUAGGUGAUCAGCAGCAGAUGGAGCAGCAGUGGGGAGCUGGUGAAGUUGACAGUUACCUGUGGGAGUUGGGCUUUGGGGUUCCAGCCGGCGGGAUGAUGAGCAUGGGUAGUAGUAAUGAUUUGGGCAUUGUAGUGGGUAAUGGCGGAGGCGAUAAUGAUGAUGGCAGCGUUCAGGCAGCGUCAUCGUCGUUGCACGAUUGGUAUCGCGGGAACCAGUAUAUGAUGGGAUUAUUGGAGUCUGAUUUGUAG